CACACACGGUGACCGGCAGUCAGACAGUCAGACAGGCAGACUGCCUCCUCACUACAACCACUAACACUACUACACCCACCGCAUCGUGCGUCCAUCGGCUCCAUCCCUCCACUGAGCGAUCUUCUCCCCCGCCUUGUGAACACGCAGCAGCCGUGAAGCUGGAAGCCUGAAGCGUCCAGAUGAAGAUGCUGGAAAACGGCAGGAAGGUGUUCAAAGAGGGGCUGCUGGAGAAGCGGAGCGACGGGCUGCUGCAGCUCUGGAAGAAGAAGCACUGCGUCCUGACGGAGGACGGCGUGCUGCUGCUGCCGCCCAAACAGCACGACCCGCCGCAGCACCACCACCACCACCACCAGCAGCACCACGGGGACGUGGGCAAAGUCAAGGAGCUGCACUUCGCCAACAUGAAGACGGUGGACUGCGUGGAGCGGAAGGGAAAGUAUGUGUACUUCACGGUGGUCAUGACGGAGGGGAAGGAGAUCGACUUCAGGUGCCCGCAGGACGAGGGCUGGAACGCGGAGAUCACCCUGCAGAUGGUCCAGUACAAGAACCGGCAGGCGAUCCUGGCCGUCAAGUCUACCCGGCAGAAGCAGCAGCUGCUCGUGGUGCAGAUGCCCGGGCAGAAGACGGUCCGCAGCGCGCCAAACGUUGCGUGACCUGCGGCGAGACCCGUGGACGUUGGUGCGCCAUUUGCGGUUAAUUGGACACUCAGCCGGAGGACGAAUACCGAGCCGGUCUGCUUCCCCCCCCCUCUCUCCAGGAGUCCCCCUCUUCCAUGUAGUGGUUCCCACUGACCAGCGCCCCCCCAUCCUGUUCUCCUGUUCAGGACAGAGACUUGUUUCACAAAGACUGAUGGACUAAAAGCAUGUGAGAAAACAUCUGAAUUCUACCAUGCGAUGGGUUUAUCCCUUAUUUAUUACAUGUGUAUAUAUAUUUUCUAUAUAAAAUGUUAAAUUGUUGGUGAACGUUCAGUGUGGUUGUUGCUAGAAUGGAACAGGAAACACUAAUGUGGAGGUUUGUAGCCGACAUGUUUGACAAGAAGUUCGCUGAGAAAAGCGUAAAUAUAGUUAUGUGAGAAAGAUGUAUCGUCAGUCAAAUCCUUUAACUACAGAUAAAAUGUGUCAUUUUA